GGCGCCUCGGGUCAGAACUGCCGCUGCAUGCGCGAGAGCUCCAGUCCCGAACCAGAACCAGAACCAGAACCAGAGCACCAUGCUGCGAGUGCGAUGCCUGAGAGGAGGGAGCCGCGGAGCUGAAGCCGCUCAUCUGAUCGGCGCUAUGGUGGGUCGCACGGCGUCGGGAUGGGUGUCGCGCGCAUUCCGCAGCACCUCGAGCUCCGCCGCCGCGCUCCCGCUCACCGUGGACGAGCCGUUUACCGAGCCCGCGCCCGAGGAAAGCCCCGUGUGCGCGCACACCGAGUGGGACCCGCUGGAGGAGGUGAUCGUAGGCAGAGCCGAGAACGCCUGCGUCCCCCCGUUCACCGUGGAGGUCAAGGCCAACACCUAUGAGAAAUACUGGCCCUUCUACCAGCAGUUCGGGGGACAGACAUUCCCGAAGGACCACGUGAAGAAAGCAGUUGCUGAAAUCGAGGAAAUGUGCAAUAUUCUGCAGCAUGAGGGAGUUACAGUGAGACGACCGGAACCCAUCGACUGGUCAGUGGAGUAUAAAACCCCGGACUUCACCUCCACCGGCAUGUACGCAGCCAUGCCGAGAGACAUUCUGAUUGUGGUGGGAAACGAGAUCAUUGAGGCCCCGAUGGCCUGGAGGGCCCGGUUCUUUGAGUACCGCGCGUAUCGGCCCCUCAUUAAGGAGUACUUCAGGCGGGGAGCCAAGUGGACCACUGCACCCAAACCCACCAUGAGUGACGAGCUGUACGAUCAGGAUUACCCCAUCCGCACCGUGGAGGACAGACAUAAGCUGGCCGCUCAGGGGAAGUUUGUCACCACAGAGUUCGAGCCGUGUUUCGACGCUGCAGACUUCAUCAGGGCCGGCACUGAUAUCUUUGUACAGAGGAGUCAGGUUACAAACUUCAUGGGCAUCGAGUGGAUGAGACGUCACCUCGCUCCCACCUACAAGAUCCACAUCAUCUCCUUCAAAGACCCCAACCCCAUGCACAUCGACGCCACCUUUAACAUCAUCGGCCCGGGGCUGGUGCUGUCGAACCCGGAUCGGCCCUGCAGGCAGAUCGAGAUGUUCAAGAAGGCCGGCUGGACUGUGGUGACUCCUCCAGCUCCUCUUAUUCCAGACAAUCAUCCGCUGUGGAUGUCGUCCCACACACACACCACCACGACCACAGAAGAAGAGUUUCUACCUCCUCUGAGUCAGGACGCUGUGCUGCUUCACAUCCACAUGGACCGUGUUCCCGACGUUCAGGAGGCGUGUGGCUGA